AUCAAUGUUGAACGCUGUUGUCGCGGAUCAAAAGUUGAAGGGAGCCGAUAUCUGACCGAAAAGCAAGAACAGUAGACAAAAAGUACUGUGAUAGUUGCAGCAUCAGUAGGUUGCGAAGAAAUCCACCGAAGGAAAAGCGGUUUUAGUAGUUUCGGAAAUUUCCGCAUCGCGACAGAAUCGAGCUUGGCUCGUUGGUGCGUCGUAUCCUGCCGUCGCAAACCGAGGAUUUCGACCGGCGCUCUUGAAUUUGCAAGCUAUAGGUAGGAGAAAGAUUUUUUUCUCGCUCCUGGACGACGGAUUUUCCGCCAGCUCAUGAAACUAGUCGCCAGUAUUUGACUACCCAAAAGGAGUGUGUACGCGAGGACGGUGCUGUGUUCUCUAUGGAUUAAUAAAACGACGAUAUUUUGUUUGUGUGCGGCUAGUGCCAGAAAAAGCGAAGGGGAGCGAAUUUCGAGAGAAACAAGUUUUCAUUCAUCCUAUUUCAAAGUGGCUGCUGCGUUUUGUGGUGCACACACACAAAAAGUGAUCGAGAGACACGUUCAGCGGGACGACAUCGAAGGAGCCAUCGGAAAAUUUUUUGCUUGUCUGUGCUGCUGUUGAAUGAGACAACGGACAUUAGGGAAGUGGUGAAAAACGAAACACAGCAACCGAGGAAAAAACUGCAAGGAGCCGAAAAAACAAGCUCAAACUUUUUCUCAAAAAUCAUCGUUGGUAGCAUUCGGUAGAUAAGAUGACGGAUGAAGCUUACCCGAAAACCCUUUACGUGGGCAAUUUGGAUCAAUCAGUAACAGAAGAUUUGCUAUGUGCGCUGUUUGGCCAAAUGGGUGCGGUGAAAAGUUGUAAAAUAAUACGCGAGGCGAGCAGCGAUCCGUAUGCGUUCAUAGAGUAUACCAGUCACCAAUCGGCUCAGACUGCACUGGCUGCUAUGAACAAGCGGCUGUUUCUCAAGAAGGAAAUCAAAGUGAAUUGGGCUACCAGUCCCGGGAACCAGCCAAAGACUGACACUAGUCAGCAUUAUCAUAUUUUUGUCGGCGAUCUUAGCCCGGAAAUCGAAACGGAAACGUUGCGCGAAGCGUUUGCUCCCUUCGGGGAAAUAUCCAACUGUCGGAUUGUGCGUGAUCCUCAGACGCUGAAAUCGAAAGGUUAUGCCUUCGUGUCGUUUGUGAAGAAAGCUGAGGCGGAGAAUGCCAUACAGAUGAUGAAUGGCCAAUGGUUGGGUUCGCGAAGCAUCAGAACCAACUGGUCCACCCGCAAGCCACCGGCACCCCGCGAGAAUACUAAAGGUAUCAGAAGCGGCAAGACACCCGGUUUCGAGGAAAUUUACAACAACACCGGACCGACAAAUACCACAGUCUACUGUGGUGGUUUCCCUCCCAACACCAUAACGGAUAACCUUAUUCACAAGCACUUUAGUCAGUUUGGACAGAUUCAAGACAUCAGAGUAUUCAAAGAUAAGGGAUAUGCCUUCAUCAAGUUUCUCUCGAAGGAAGCAGCUGCACGAGCGAUCGAAGGUACACACAACAGUGAGGUUCAGGGUCACGCAGUGAAAUGCUACUGGGGUAAGGAGAAUGGAGGCGAAAUGGCAAGUAAUGGGGUGCAUGCAGCAGCCGUCGCUGCCGCCGGAAUGGUCGGAAUCGGAAUCAACAGCAUAGGUGGCAAUCCACUGCAGCCACAGAACGCCGCCGCGGCCGCAGCCGCAGCUGCGGCAGCAGCAGCUCAACAGCAUGGUGCUAACCAACAGUUGUCACAGGCAGCUCAGUACCCUUACUCAGCGUAUGGGCAGAUGGGGUACUGGUACCCGGGAUAUCCACAAAUGCAAGCACAAUAUAUGCAGCAAGGAUACGCGUAUCCCUACGCAUACGCAGCUUCUCCACAGCAGGCAGGAACUGCUGGGUAUCGUAUGAUGCAACCCAAUAUGGCCGCUGCCGGAUGGGGCAUGCAAACCGUACCAGGAGUGGCCUCGAACGGGGCUGCCGCAGCAGCAGCUGCUGCCGCUGCUGCUGCUUCCUCCCAACCACCGAUGAUGUAUGCAACAAUGCCACAGUUUCAGACGCAAUGAGAAAUAAUGAAAAACUGUCCCAACAACAGCAUUGUCAGUAAAGUAGUAGGAGCCACAGCAGGAGCAACUGCUCAAGUCAACCACCAACAGGCCGCCCAUUUUAAUCUGAUUACGAAUCCAGCAGCAGUAGCUGCAGCGGCUAACCCUUUAUCUGCUACUGCCGCUGCCAAUAUAAACAAUAGUCUCAUUUCCCCGCCAUCGAUUAUGACAAACGCAAAUAAUGCAAUUAUCCUAGCAGCUCAUCACCAACAACAUCCGGCAACAAUGCAUCAGCAUCACCCUUUUACUCCGGCACACCAUCACCACCACCACCACCAUCUGAUAGCAGCAGCAUCGGUCAAUCCAAGUGCUACGAUGACACCAAUUGCGGCCGCUGCCAAAUUUUACCAUCACCAACCAACGGCAACGAUCGUGAAUUCAAUGCUAGCACCAGCAUCCAGUUCCGCUUCUUCCAACAACAUUCACAGUGGCCGUCAGCUGCCAGUGCGAACAAUUACUGCAGUUGUUGGUGCUAUGACCACGGUUGCUACUCUAGCAUCGACUGCAGCUACGACAGUGCUAUCUCCUUCAUCUUCCGCAACCGCCAAUGGAAUUGUUCCUCAAAGCAAUGGUAGUAAUAAUAGUAGUACUAGUAACAACAGCAGCAGUAACAGUAUUGCAGCAGCCGUCGCUGCUAUCAUCAACAGUAAUUUGAACUUUAGAAACAGCAACCAUCGUAGCAACAGUAUCUCUACUAAUAAAACAGGUGUAAUAGUUCCCAGCAACAAUAGCGCUAUCAGUGGUAACGGCAGCAGCAGUAUCGAGCAUAAUCAUUUUAAACACAAACUGAAUAACGACAAUGAAACUAGCACAGGUCACACUGAGCACAGCAGCAACGGGGAAGAUGUCGAUCCUGCACGAAAGAAGAUUAAGUUGGAAAAUGGUAGCAGUGAGUAUACUGACAACACUAUCAGCAGUAAUUGCGCUGCAGUGGAAGGGACAGCCACAACAACGACCACUAUGACAACAACGAUGACGACCACACAAAUAACAAACAACGUCGGUAAUGCGGACAAUGGCAAAAUCAAGCAGGAAAGAUGAAUGAUGACAUUCGGUGGAAAAUGUGGUAGCAAGUGCGUACCGUACUUCGGUUCGGUAAUUUGUUUGUUAUAUUUCGCCUAGCUGUUUGCGGUGAGUUUAGAGUAACUGUUCUUUUUUUAAAUUAUUUGAACUACUUGUUAGUCCACUUACACCGGAAAGUGGAACUCCUUUGGUUAGAGUUUUGAGCAAGCAUGGAUUACGCGAGGUACAAUUAUCUUGUCUAUUUUAUUGGUUUCCGUCAUCCCCCAACAAGGAGCAGGAUUCCUAUUAAAAUUAAGAAAUGAACAAUAGAGUGACGACAAAAUAUAGGCCAAAUGAGACUUCGGAUUGGUGUAAUUAUUGAGAGUGGCAGUUUUGUGUUGUUGACUUUUCGUUCAUUUUAUUUUUUUCCUGGAGAACACGAAACAAGUUAUUCAUACACUAAUAUAUUUAUGCACAGCUGAAACAAGGGUACGAUUAUUGUUACCCGUGUCCCUUUGCAGAAGGAUCGUCGAAUAUAAACAAAUGAUGUAGAACUUUACUGUUAAUUUGAUCAUUUCUUGCACCUUUUGAGUUGAGAAUCAAGCAACCGCACUGUUAUGCUGUAUACUGGCAAAAAAACAACGAACGGCCAUUCGCAUACGAGUAUUCCUGUCCCGAAAAUGUUUGUCCAGGUAUAUAUUUAGUUUUGCUUUGAUGUUGCGGAUUCAUGCUCAACGUGGUAUUUUGUUGUGGAGUAAUAACAAAACAAGAAAAGUACAAUUUUAAUUCUCGCAAUAACAGAUGAUGGGUGCAUGUUGGUCGCAUGUAGCAAACAAACUCUGAGUCGGCCGCGGUUUGCUUCACUGUUGCACUUUGUUGAGGCUGAUUUAUGUUCAGAACUGCAUAUAUUCCAUUCCAUCAUUCCCCUUUACCAUUUGUCAUAAAGUAAGCUAAAGUAUUCCGAGACUAUUGGUAUCUUUUGCUAUUAGGAAAUUUCGUUGUUUGUAUAAUACAACCAUUAUUUGUAUUUGGCAUUUAAAUUUAACAGUUGUUGCUUAACUGCUUCUUUGUUUUGCAUUAUCGUCAUUUCUAUGCUUCGUAGUUUAUUUUUGUUUGUACAAAUAUGUAUUUCCGCUUCUAUUUAUGAGCUGGGACCUUUCCUCCAAAGUCAUGUAGUCAGACGCAAAGUGAAGUUUUUGCACAAAUGUUUUCGUUUUGUUACAAUUGGUUAUUUAUGAUACCUUCAUUUCGUUUUGUUUAUAUCCUGUUGCACUAAUUGGCAAGCCAAAAUCGUACAAUGAGACGCAUUUUCUCCACCCUGAUAUUGCGAUAGCAGUUAGAACUUGGGCUAAAUCUAAGAUUUGCCUAAUUCUUUAAGCGCAACAAGUUGGUUUUUUCGUAGUACGCAAAGUAAAUUAUGUAAAAAAAACUAAAUUUCGUGAUCUUUUCUCUAUGUGAUUCAGUAUCAGGUGAAUAUCGAGUAGAGACGAAAGGAAUAUGAAAUGUAAUGACUGCAGUUGCGCGAAAAUUUCGCACACAAUGAUCCUUGCGUUGAAAUAAAGUCAAAUGAAAAAUGAAACCAACUAUGGUAAUAGCAAUUAGUUCGAUUUGAUCGUUUCCUGUACCGGUGUGAAUGAAAAGGUACGAAUGUUGUUUAUGCGUUUGAUUGGUUGUGUAAAUCACCGAGGGGGAAACAGUUAUUAAAAAAAAUACUGGAUAGAUUAUUUCUUUCCUGUGAGUGAGAAUGUGAGAAACCUAAAAGUAAUAAGUAAAACAUGUAGGAUUUUUAACUGUAAACACAAUUUGGUUGCGAUUCAAUGACUAAGCAAUCGAAACCUCUAUUUAAGCUAAUACAUAAAAAUGAAGAUAAUGAAGCUUCACACAACCAGCGAGUGGAGAAAGGAAGACAAAAUCUAUAUGAUAAUCGUUUUAGCAGCUGGCAGGGAAGAGACAAGUAUAUUGGUUAGUUCUUGUUGAACCAGAAUAAUUGCAAAUAUUGGAAAUGCAAAAAAGUUCGACGAGGAAAUGGAAACUGCGGACAUACCAUUUUUCAUUUUACGACAGAAAAAUGAUUUAUACAUUGAGAGAAAAUUAAAAACGAUGAUUUAGACGAAGGAUUAAGGAAAUAUUAAUCUUAACGAUAAGAAAAAAUUAAAAUAGUUAUUGAUAAUUACAAUUUAAUGAUAAAAUAAAAUUAAAUAUAAGUAAGAAAUGAAAUGCGAAAUAAGAGAAUGAGGGCGCCAGCAAGUUAAAUCGAAAGUGCGAAAAUCGCUAGAAGCUAGUAUAAAAUUCUUUUAUUUUAAAAAGAAGUCGAACAAUUUUCAAAACUGGAGGAAAGUAUGAAUAAAAAAGACACAAAACCAGAAAGGAAAAAUAAUUAAACAUCCUAAAAUACUACUGUAACAUUGGGAGUAGUGUGAAGUUGCAGAGCAAAGAUAAAAAAAAAGAUCGCUGUUUGAAAACACGUUCAUGGAAGAAAGGAGAAUGUAGUGAACACACUGGCAAAACAACGGAAAAAGUCAAACCAAGCAAGUGUCAGCACGAGAUGACGAAAAUGAGGGGAUUUAAAAUGAAGAAGAGAACUGUGUGAUAUAAACAAAACAAAAACAAAAAAAUCAAUUAUAGUUAUUUUAAAAAUCAUAAAAAAUCAAUAAAAAUAAGGAAAACUA